AUGGAAAUUAGAUUUCAGUUAGAAAGCAACUACCAAACUGUAGAAAUUGAAGAUAAUGUCAGCCUGCAAUUCUACAUUGAAAUGAAAAAAGAUGAAUCUCGAGUAACCAGUUUUCCAUUAUGUGUUACAACAAGAAAAUUUGAAGAUCAGCCACAAAUACUAAAUAUCAACAGUGAAACUUCUAUUGGAAUGAUUAAAGAACAAUUUGUGAAUACAACAUCUAGUAGUGGCACAACAAUCGAUAUUAUAAAAUAUGCAAAAAUCUUAUACAACCAAACAAGAAAAGAAGAUGAGGAAGCUGAAAGUAAACCACAAGAAAUCAACAUCAUCACUGAUCCGAAAAUAAUGGAAACCUAUGUUGGACAGAUCUUCAAAGACAAAGAAAUCAUGAAGACAAGUUUCUGUUUUUACACAAUUGCUAACCAAUUUCAGUAUAAAGUCAGUAAGUCUUGCAAGAGAGAAUAUAUAGUCAAUUGCAUUGAUGAAAAUUGUAGGUGGACAGUGAGAGCUUCAAGAGAUGGAAAGACAAAUAUGUUUGUGAUUAGAAGAAUGAUAAACAUCCACACAUGCCCACCAAAUAUAAGAAUGGAUGACAAACGGCAAGAAACAGCUUCAAUAAUAGGGGAACAUAUAAAAAUGAAGUUCUUGGAUAUAAAAAUAAUAUAUACUCCAGCUGAUAUUAUUGCAGAUAUUCAAAGAUAUUUUGGGAUUGUUUUGAGUUACAAUAGGGCAUGGAGGUCAAAAGUAAAGGCACUAAACCAAAUUAGAGGUACUCCGCGCGACUCGUAUUCAAAUUUGCCUGGAUAUUUGCACAUGCUUCUACAAACUAAUCGAGGGUCUGUUGUAGAUCUUCAUACAACUGAUGAAAACAAAUUUGAAUAUAUGUUUAUGGCUCUAGAUGCUUCUAAUAAAGGUUGGAGGUACUGUAGACCAAUAGUUGUAGUAGAUGGGACAUUUUUGAAGUCGAACUACGGUGGAACAUUAAUAACAGCAAGUACACAAGACGGGAAUGAUAGGCAUUUGAGUAUAUUGAAUGGGGUCAAAAAGGUUUUUCCUGAAGCAAGUCAUGCAAUAUCUAAGGGAUUUAACUACUACAUGAAAGAACUUGAUGCCAUUAAUGCCGGAAUUCGACCGUACCUAACAGAUAUUGGGUUCGAGAAGUGGGCAAGAGCAUAUUGUAAAGCUAAUAGGUACUCGACAAUGACAUCGAAUAUCGCCGAGUCUUUGAAUGCAGCAAUCAAGGCAACUAGGGAAUUACCAAUAACAACGCUCCUUGAAAGUUUAAGGCGUUUGAUGCAAGAAUGGAGUUACGCUAAUAGAAAUAUUGCAAUUUGUACAUUUACUAAGCUGACAAACAAAGCAGAAUAUGAACUCAGAAAUCACUAUGCAUCAUCUUUAAGAAUGAAGGCUUUAACAUCUGUUAGAGGUUUGCACAGUGUGGAAGAUGGUGAUAAAACCUUUAUAGUAAAACUUAAUGAAAGAACAUGCACAUGCUGCAGAUUUCAAGUGGAUGAAAUGCCAUGUCCACAUGCUAUUGCUAUAUUAAGCAAACUACACCAAGAACCAUAUCAAUACUGCUCAGACUUUUUUACUAAAGAAAAUAUGCUUGCCACAUAUGAAAGAAUUGUCUAUCCAAUGCCUAGCCAAAAUAAUUGGGAUUUACCUGUCAUGUUGAAAGUAUGGAAAUUCUUCCACCAAUAG